UUCCCAUCUUUGGUUGCUUUUUCCACAUUAUUGGUUUAAAGGUCGCAGUAACGCAAAUCCGGCGACUUCUCCAUCGCUUUUCUCCCAGACCUUUCCCUUCGACUUCUCCCCCCCACGGCGCUUCAGCCGUACUUCUUAGGACCCCCAGCGUUUCGCAAAUCGCAACGCUCCGUUCCCGCGUCCGUGCUUACCGUGGAGCCCUCAUAGAUCUCUUUGCUUUUCUUUUCUUUCCCUCUCUCCCUCCCUUACCCUUGUGGUCUCCUCCCGCACCGGUUAUUUUCAGGUGCACACCGAAUACCCCAGAAUUUCUCACCCUACCUUCGGGAUACGAUAAUCAAUCGCCAUGUCGGGAAAAAUGACGUUGUACAAAUUGGUGGUGCUAGGGGAUGGUGGUGUCGGGAAAACAGCCCUUACAAUUCAGCUUUGUCUAAAUCACUUCGUUGAGACAUACGACCCGACCAUUGAAGACUCGUAUCGUAAGCAAGUCGUGAUUGACCAACAGUCAUGCAUGUUGGAAGUGCUGGAUACAGCAGGCCAAGAGGAAUACACGGCAUUGAGGGACCAAUGGAUUCGUGACGGUGAAGGGUUCGUUCUUGUUUACAGCAUUACCUCGAGGGCCUCCUUCUCCCGGAUACAGAAAUUCUACAACCAGAUCAAGAUGGUCAAGGAGUCGGCCAAUUCUGGGUCACCCUCUGGCGCCAGUUACCUGGGGUCUCCGAUCCACGCGCCCUCAGGUCCCACGCUCCCAGUGCCAGUCAUGUUGGUUGGUAACAAAAGCGACAAAGCUGUCGAGCGCGCUGUUUCGGCCCAGGAAGGACAAGCACUAGCAAAAGAUCUCGGCUGUGAAUUCGUCGAAGCCUCGGCAAAGAACUGCAUCAAUGUCGAAAAGGCGUUUUACGACGUCGUUCGAAUGCUCCGACAACAGCGCCAGCAACAGCAGGGGCGGUCUCAAGACAGACGAACGACCGGCUUGGGUCCUAUGCGUGACCCUGGUCCGGAGUAUCCUAGAUCGUUCCGGCCCGACCGUACGGGAAGCCAUCGCCGCCCGUUCAAGUGCACGAUUCUGUGAAUAGGUGGUCAUGAAUGGCCCAUUCAGCUGGCUGAUUGAUUCUAUUCCUGGUUCCUAUAUUUUGGCUCCUGCUGCUGCAAGGAGCCCAAGGAUAUGCCUUUCUUCCUCGAUCAGUCGGGGGUCCAAUUGUUGCUUCACACCAUUUUUUCCCUCACACGUCUGCCCCGACCUACCUAUCUCUUACUCUUCUUAUAU